AUGCGCGAAGUAGGAAGUCAUCUCGCGAAGGAUGAGGCCGAAAACGCCACCGCCGUGGAAGGAGCAGGUGAGGACGAUGACGACAGCAUCGCCUUCUGCGAGGUUGCCUCAGCCGCAGAGCUUUUUGCGAUGGAUGAGGUCAACCUGAACGCAGCAGAGAUGAGUCACGCAGGAACCACCAAGAACACGCACGACCACGCUGGGAAAGUUGGUGACACAGAACGCGGCAGUACUUUAUCUGCCUUCGCAUUGCCCGCCAAUCACGGCAGCAGUGGCAAUGGCAGCCCUGCGGCCGACGUCGCGGAGUCGCUCUUGAGCGAUCCGUUUCACGUGCCGAGCGUGGAUGACGACGCGUUCGCACGAGAUGGAGACCUACCGGCCUCGGCGGCAGCGAGCUACAGUGCUGUCACGAACUGUCAAAACCUCAACGAGAAUGUGCUCUCUGCCGUAGAUGUGCUGUGCGACGAUUUGUUCCACUGCAAGGCGUCCGUCCUGCACUCCUUCGCCCGAACGCGCUCCAUUACGUCUCGUAACAAGGUGGAGGUGGUGCUGCGCCUCCUCGAGCAGGCCCACCGUGAUGCCCACGGUGAGAGCAAUGACCUCCGCGUCACGCGUCGCCUGCUAGGCGAUGUCUUCGAUGAAAACAUUCGCACAAGCGGGCUGCGCACAGCGUGGACGAACAAGUCGCUGGAGGCGGCGCACAUCGAAGAGGCGUGCGAGUCCCACCUUAGUUUUGACUUGCUCGCGAACUCGACGAAGUCGCUCAUGGUGCGACGGCACGCGGGCGAGAUCUCGCGUGUGCUGCGCAAGCUCACUCGAGUGUUUCAGCAAGAGCAAGAGCAGAUCUCCCUCGCCGCAGUGGGUGGCGUGUUCCGCAAUUACCGUGCCGUCGCCGAGGAGCUGGUACGGGAGCUGCCCGUGUGUGAGGUGCUCAGUCCCUUUGCAAGCUACCUGGUGAGCUAUGUGCGCUACGGUGCCGUGAAGGAGAUGCUGGCGCGGGCUGAUGUGAACGAGCGCCUUGUCCAGCUGGGUGUAAUUCAUCCCACUGUCCAGGAGGUGGACGACAGUGCGCUGCUGCACCGCCUCAUGGACCUCCUCGAUCCUGCCGUGCAUCAGGUCGAACGCCGAGCGGAGUGCUUUCGCCACGCGGAGCAGUCGCGAGUGGUUGGGAUGGAAAACGGUGACGUUAUCGCGAGCACCAUUCGCGCCUUCAGCGAGGUGUCUCACACCAAGUGGAACACACACGCAGCGCCGGACUGGGUGCACGACCUCGCGCGGCUGUUCUGCAGCUGGGAAAUAAUCCUCCGCACCGACCUACCACGGUUCGAGGAGGUGCCGCGGCACUUCUUUGACUGCAUCCUCUCUGGUGUUGUCUGCCUCUACAUCGCCCAGCGCGUGUACGGCAACUCGGUGGGGACGACCGUUGUGCCGCUGUACCAGCGCAUGGCCAUCAAAAAAUCGCUUCGGCUGCACUUCAACAACGACGAUAACACGGACAGCGCGUUGCGCGACAUCAUGUCCUACGUGCAGGCUGGCGCGACGGAGGCGCGCGGUGGCGUGCGAGGCGAAUUUUUCGCUGGUGUCCUCUCGCAAAUGCAAGGAGCCUUCCAGGACGCCCAAGAAGAGCGAUCGACUCUGCAUGAGGAGCGCGUCGCCGUCAUCUUGAACGCCGUCUGCGAUGUGGCGACGAACUGUACGCGCUCCGCCGGCCUCUUCAACUUGCUGGUGAAGCUCACAGAGGACCUCGCCUUCCACUUUCGCUUCCAGCACAUUUACAGAAAGUUAAGUGCGCCCGAUCGCGUCACGAUCCGCACCAACGGGUCUAUCCGGAUGUCUCAGACACUCGAGUACUUCGAGAAGGAGCUGCACGUGACGCCCAUCUCCACCAAGGCGGUGGGCUUCCUGGUGGUGCAGUUGCUGUAUCUCUCGUUUCGCGGCGAUGGCAGCAAGCGGCCGGUGCUCGAACGCUUUGCGAGCGUGACUGGGGCAACGGAGCUGGACAUGGUCGGCCUCACCGAGAUGGCGGCCACGUCAGUGCGCGACCUGCACGUCGCCUUCCCCCCGCAGCUCUCCUACAACUCCUGGCUCAAUGAGUCCGACACCCGCGAAAAGUCUGUGUACGGCGUGUUGCCGUCCGUUGCGGUCAAAGGGGCGGCGAAUCAGGCGAUGAUUGUGUCACAAGCGCCGAUGAUGAAGGCGCUCGACGCCAUCUCGCGUGUGCCGUGGCGCAUCAACAAGUACAUGCUGCACGUGCAGGAGGCGAUUGUGCGCGAGGGCUUCGGGUUCGGCAAAAUUCGGCCGGGCUUCUACCCUCUUCACUACUACUCCAUGAGCGACGGCGACAUCAAGUACCCGUCAGAUCGCCGCCGCUCGGCGCUGCUAAACAGCAACGACAACGACGGCGACGACCUCGCGGCCGGUGACGUCUUCAAUCUGCAGCAGCGGCGUCAGUGUACUCUGCAGCAGAGACAAGACUGGAAGGAGCUGUGCGAGCUGCGCAGUAGCCGCAUCCACUACCUGCUUGGACUACGCCAGGCCCGCUCCAUCGUGCAGUUCUCUCACAUUUACUUCCCCAACAGCAUGGACUUUCGCGGUCGCAUGUACCCACUCCCGGGACGGCUGAAUCACACCGGAUCAGAUCCGUUUCGUGGCCUGCUCGAGUACGCGGAGCCAAAGCCGCUGGGUGAGGUCGGGCUCUACUGGCUGAAGGUGCAUCUGGCAAAUAAGAUGGGCAUGAGCAAGCUCUCCUUUGACGAGCGAGUGCACUACGUCGACGAGCACAUGGAGGACGUCGUGCAGAGCGCUGAGAACCCCCUAUCCGGCGAUCGAUGGUGGCAAGAGGCAAGCGAGCCGAUUCAGUGCCUCAUGGCGUGCAAGGAGGUGGCGGACGCGGCGAAGUGCUCACAGGGCGCAGAAAAGUUCCUUUCGCGGCUGCCUGUCGCCGUGGAUGGUAGCUACAAUGGUCUGCAGCACUACUCUGCCAUUGGCCGCGACGCGUUCGGCGCGAAACUGGUGAACUUGGUGCCAAGCGAGCGCCCCGCCGACGCCUACACGGGCAUCCUAAAGGAGAUGCUCAAGUCCAUCUGCAUCGACGCCGACCGCGAUCACCAGGUGGCGCAACGGUGUCUCGGCACCGGCAGAGGCCAGGACAAGGAUCACAUAAAGCGCAAGACGAUCAAGCGCCCCAUCAUGACGCAGGUAUACGGUGUCACCAGCUACGGCAUGUCCGAGCAGAUCCUUGAUGAGCUUGUGAAGCAGAACAAAAGCCACGGCCUGUGGACGCACACGGAUAUGAAGGAGAUGGCGGCGUACCUGCGUGACAAGGUGCUCGAGUCGCUCGGUGUUACGUUCCGCGAAACCCAAAACUGCCGUAGAUGGAUUAGUGAGGUAGCCGCGCUGCUCUGGAAGGUGCAGCCGGCUGAACUGCGCAAUGCUCUGUGCUGGACUACCCCGCUCGGCCUUGUUGUUCGGCAGCCCUACAAGGUUCGGAACGAGUGCUCCCUGUUCACCCCCCACGGCUACAGCAGGGUACCUGGCGACUCCGUCGCCCCCGCGAGUCGCAAGCAGCUGACAGCCAUUGCGCCAAAUCUGAUUCACUCGCUUGAUGCGACGCACCUCGCCAUGACUGCACUGGAGAUGCAGCACCAAGGGCUCUCCAUGAUGGCGGUGCACGACUCUUACUGGACGUACGCGUGCGAUAUGCCGAAGUUGUCGCAGGUGCUGCGAGAGCAGUUUGUGAACCUGUACUCCAAGUACGAUCCCCUGUGGGAGCUGAAGGAGCAGUGGGAAGAGACGUACUUCAUGGAUCUGCGGCGACACGGCGUGAAGCUGCCAGACCCACCCAAGCGCGGUGAUCUCGAUCUGAAUGUGGUCCUUAACUCGCCAUACUUUUUCUCGUAG